GCGCUCACAGAACGAGAGGGCGGGGCUGGUGGCGGAAGUGAAGUCACUUCCGGGCUGGUGUUUGUUUGGACCGGAGAAGGGAGGCGGCGGGCGAAGCGCACGUCGAGCGGGGGAGCGGCGCUGCCUGUGGAGAUCCGCGGAGGCCGACAGGAUUCGUUGGCUGCCGUCCCCGCUGCCGUGCACUGGGUUAAAAACGCCAACUAACGCCAACCAUGAAAGAUCCAAGUCGCAGCAGUACUAGCCCAAGCAUCAUCAAUGAAGAUGUGAUUAUUAAUGGUCAUUCUCACGAAGAUGACAAUCCAUUUGCAGAGUACAUGUGGAUGGAAAAUGAAGAGGAAUUCAACAGACAAAUAGAAGAGGAGUUGUGGGAAGAAGAAUUUAUUGAACGCUGUUUCCAAGAAAUGCUGGAAGAGGAAGAAGAACAUGAGUGGUUUAUUCCAGCUCGAGAUCUCCCACAAACUAUGGACCAAAUCCAAGACCAAUUUAAUGACCUUGUUAUCAGUGAUGGCUCUUCUCUGGAAGACCUAGUGGUCAAGAGCAAUCUGAAUCCAAAUGCAAAGGAGUUUGUUCCUGGGGUGAAGUACUAAAACAUUUGAGUAGACGGGGCCCUCUUUUGGUGGAUGUAGCACAAUUUCCACACUGUGAAGGCAGUAUUAGAAUCUGACUUAAUUGUAAAAGCUCUCUCGUCACUGUGUUACACUUAUGCAUUGCCAAAGUUUUUGUUAGUCUUGCAUGCUUAAUAAAAGUGCUGAGACUGUUAUUAAGUAAAAAGCUGUCAAACAUUUACUGAAAAUAGAAUUGGCCCCAUGGCUUAAUAUAAAGACAGCGAGGAAAGAAGCACCAGUCAAGUUGUGAUAAAGCACCAAAUUAAACAAACUCUAAAUCUUACAGCAUUGUCAUCUUUGAGGCUAAACUGGUCCCUUAGGAUUAACUGACACUUGUUAAUGUCAACACUUUGUAGAAAUGAGUAAAUUUAAAUUAUAUUCCAGAUUUCUCAAAUAUAUUUGUCCUUAGCAAUCCUUCUCCCUCAAGGAUAUUCCUCUGAUGUGAGUUGGAGGCCAGCCUCAUCUACAUAGGGAGUUCAAGGCCAGUCUGACCUAUAAAUAGCAAGACCCUGUCUCAAAAAAAAACGAAGUUUUUCUGAAAAAUGCCUGUUAAUUUGAAAUAAUUCUGUGUCUUUGGUGACUGAGGUAACAAGGUAAUGAUAAAAAAGAGCUAGUCCUAGCUUUUCUGGUAUGUUAUCAUGUUAAAAAUUCUGAAUUCUUCUAGUGAUACAUUUGAGGAAUAUGUGAUUUGGGAAUUGUGUCUUCUGAGGAUUCACCUUAUCACAGCCAUACCUGUGUGAAGUCUAAUUUGGGACAAACACCAGCCUGUAAUCCAGUUGAACAGAUUGUUACAUGAGUUGAAUGGUGCUUUUCCUUGCUUUGUUAACCAUCAUGACAGUAGUCUGCAGCACAACUUUUCUUUUUAACAAAGCUAGAACAGUUUUGGCUUCUUAAACUUCAUAUUUGGGUAGGUUAAGCUGCCAUACGUGUUCAGUGUGAAUAGUGUUUAAGUUGAAAAUAUUGUAAAAAAAUUAUAUUUUUUCAAAAAUAUUUAAAAAAAUAAAAUAAUAGUAGAACUGA